GGGCGUUCAAAAUAUUCUCGGUAUUGAUAUCUUACAACCUCUUCUUAAAUUUCUUUCGUUACUGGCCGCUAAGGUUUAUUCAUUGACAUAAAAAAAAGUAUAAUUCGAACCGAGAUGUUCUUUUGUUUUUCUGCAAUUGCUGAACAAACAUGAACAUCACGUGCGAAUUGACAAUGUUAACUAAAUUAGAACAUCAAUGCGUCAUAAGAUUCUCGACAAAACCGGGUAAAAAUAAAAAAACCAUAAAAGUGGAAAUGGAUUGUGUUUACCGUGAGUCUGCUCCUUCUUUAUCUACCAUUCAAAAGUGGUCAAGCGAAUUUAAACGUGGAAGGGAGAGUAUUGAAGAUGACCCUAGACCUGGUCGGCCUGUAGUAGCUACUUCACAAGAAAAUAUUGAUAAAGUGGAAAAACUUAUAUUGGAAGAUGGUCGAGUGAAGGUAAAAUCUAUAGCUCAAGUAACCAAUCUUUCUAUUGGUAUCGUACAUGAUAUUAUCCAUGACCAUCUUAAUAUGUCAAAAGUAAGUGCAAGAUGGGUUCCGCGAAUGCUGACUCAGCUUCAAAAAGACAUGCGUGUAGCGCGUUGUUCCGAUGUUAUUGACCUGUGCGGUGAAAAUGAUGAUGCGGUGCUGCAAAGAAUAGUUACUGGAGAUGAAACCUGGGUUCAUCAUUAUGGUCCAGAGAGUAAACAAGAGUCCAUGCAGUGGCACAUUAAGGGUUCAGCUCAUCCCAAGAAGUUCAAGGUCGUCCCUUCAGCUGGCAAGGUCAUGGCCACGAUAUUUUGGGAUUGUGAAGGAAAAUUAUUAAUCGAUUAUAAAGAAAAAGGUGUAAAUAUCACAGGACAGUGCUACACUAACAUUCUACGUCAAUUAAAGGAUGCAAUCAAAGAAAAGAGGCGAGGAAAGUUAACCAAAGGUGUUCUGCUUCUGUGUGACAACGCCCCCGUCCAUACUGCUCAUAUAGCCAAGGCAGCUAUUGUUGAAUGUGGGUUUGAAACUGCUACUCACCCACCGUAUAGUCCGGACUUAGCCCCCAGCGACUUCUUUUUGUGCCCCAAUCUUAAAAAGCAUCUGCGUGGAAUUUUUUUUUCUGACGAUGAAGCAUUGAAGGCGGCAGUGGAGGAGCAUUUUUACACCAAAGAAUAAAAAUAUUUUUAUGAGGGAUUUAAAAAAAAUAUUGAUCGAUCUUUUAAGUGGAUGAACAUAGGGGGGGAGUAUAUUGAAAAAUAA